AUGAAAGCUCUGCUACGGGACCAGUCGGCGCUGAAGCCUGAGCUGUUUGAAUACGUUCACUGGUAUUUGGCAAAAUACCUGUGGGAUGCUCUCAAAAAGUACAACAAGCAGACAAUGCACAUGUGGAAAAUAAUGGCCAGCAAUUAUCCUGUACAAUUUUAUGAGAUUAGUCCUUACUACUGCCUCAAUGCUGGCUGUCCCAAAAAGCCACUGAGAGACUACAUGGGUAUUCUCAAUAGCGAUGACCUUCGCUGGCGUGCAAUCCUGACGAUUGCAACCACGUACUGUACCGCCUCAGACUUCACCACUAUACCAAAUAUCAAGAAUUUGGUUGCUCUGGACAUUUACCGUGAGAAAUAUGCGUCGAAUUCCCCCCCGCUGGAUCCAGUGGGCGUUAGCAACGACUUGCAAGAUGGAUUUGUGCGUGGUUGGAUUGAGUCCGAAGCACUGCAGCACCUCCGAAUUCUCAGGCUCUACCAUCAAUGUGAAAUAACCGUUGCGGCAGUGGGAGCUCUACGUGAGCUACCGGAGCUCCAACUUAUUGUGGCGUACGAGUGUAAGAAUAUCACAGAGACGAUUCAAAAAUACGAUAGGCCCGCGAAUAACAUCAUUCCCAUAAAGGGAUGGUCGGCCUGCAGACUCGAUUGGUAUUGGGAAACUCACGGAACGUCAAAAACCAUCGACGAUAAUCUCUUGGCCUUGUUUCAUGUGUACCAGGCUAGUCUCCAGACACCCGGAGACGAGCAUUCGAAAAGACCAUCAUCCUUACCAACGAAUCUCCCGAUUUUGGAAUUCAAACUACCAACUGUGGACCACAGCAGAAGAGACAAGAUUGUUGUCCGCUCUCGCUAUAAUGCCAAGUCAAUCGUAUUGUUCACUCGAGAUCCUGUGAAGCAAAAGUUUGAUAUCGAGAAGCGACGUGCAAGAGACAAGAAGAGGACUGAACCACCCGAAGGGGGAGAUCGUCCUGCCAAGCGAGCAGUCAUGAAAGAGCGGGGACCGAUGGACAUUUCCAAGACUUUAACCCAGUUCUUCUGA